AAGAUGAUCUCGAGACGUUGCAUUCUGCGAUCUUGGUAAGUCGACAAUGGUGCCAGAAUAUUAUGCCCAUUCUAUGGAAAAGACCCUUCACUAUAAAAGCGGAGAAUCUAUCAUUAUCGAGAUUAUCAAAGAUCAUACCUGUUUACCUUAAGUUGUUAAGCGAGGAUAUCGUAUCUGUGGAAUUCAAAGAGAGGUUUUUUUAUUUUUUUAAUGAGGAAAUCAAGAAACCAAUCUUCAAUUAUUCGUCAUUCUUGCGCGAAUUAGAUAUCAAGAAGUUAUAUGAUGCAAUUUCGGAAUCUUCAGAGAUUUUCAUGACUGACAAUAAAUUGGACACCGAAAUUGAAUUGGCUAAAUUGUCCUUCGCACAAACCGAAGAGAAAGAGGAACUUGAAUGGACCAUGGAAACAGUUUACUCUAAUGAAACAUAUUGUGGACAACUUUAUCUAGUAGAGGAAUCAACCUACAAUGGUCACGUUGAACAUGAAUCGACAAGAGAAUCAGAAAUAG